AUGGCUACUGCUCUGUCAAAUCUGUCGAGGCUAUCGAUUCAGGAUGAGGAUGAAACAAAUGGGGCAAGGGUGGAGGAGAAUAGGGUGGUGAUUGCAGAUGCUGACUGGCUUGAUGGAACGGAGGAAGGGGCACCUCGCUUCCAUCUUCUGGGAAAGUUGUUUUCCAAAAGAAGAGCGAAUGUUGAAGGCUUUGGAAACCAGAUGGAUUGUCCCAUUGGAAUUGAGCAAAUUAAGACUCAUGGACAAAUGAUUCGCAAGUAUUCUGACUAUCUUCGGGCGGAGACACCGGAUAUUAAGCCUCGUCAUUUCCAUACGGCCAUCAGUAGCUUGAAGUCGGGUGGAGUUAGAGAUAGUCUAGUUCAACGGGGUCGGGCGGUGGCAAGGGCAAUUGCCGGUGAUGAUGAGGUAGGGGAGGUGGCCUCAAGAGUCGGAGGUUUGUUCGGCCCAAAAGGUAAAGAGCCGUUAGUGGCGGAAAUUGAGGCCCGAUCAAUGAGGAGGUUGGAGAACGGGGGUCUUGGGUUGUUAGGUGACGUGGAGGGGCAUCAAAGGCAACGUGUGAAAGGUGUUGUUGCUGGUGGGGAGGGGCUUCAAUGUUAUGGGCCUGACUAUCUAAGUCUCAAGGUAUUUGAGGGCUCAGGUGCCAAUUAUGAGCCGCAGUUGGUUCCUGGUAUUGGACCAUCUUUUGUGGGCCCUAUGAUGUUGCAAGAGGGUCCCGAGGAUAUGGGUUCUGGUUCCAAACAAAAAGGACAGUUGGAGUUGGGUCUGGAUCUAAAGCAGGCCAGUCUUUUAGUUCCAAAUUCAGGACCUAAUAUUGGGCUGGACAGCAAUGGCAAGGGACUUUCUGGUACGGGCCAUGACACAAGAGGGAUUUUUAAGUUUACUGCAACAAAUCGCAGCGGGUCCAAAAGAGCCAAACCCACUUACAACAAUGAUUUUGGUCCGGAUAUUUAUUCACCUUCUCCAACAGGUAAUAAUUCAAAGUUUGCAAUUCCAUACCAGACUUCUUCCCCGACCUUUGUUAUUGGUCAGGAUACCUCUGCAGGAACGAAUUCAGUAAGGAAAUGGCGCAAGAUGGCAAGGGUCUCCUCGAAGUACUCAUUUGAGGCUUUGGGUCCAUAUACUAAUCUGAAAGACGGCAGGAAACGAGGCUUCAACAGUGGUAUAAUGAUCACAGAGGGGGCGACAUCAACCAAGAAGUCUCAUGAUUGUGAGGGGUAUUGGGAGCUGAUUUUGCAAAGCCCACGGAGGGGUCUGGUGCAGCAGCAAAUGUCCCGGACAGUUCGAAAAUUAGCUAAGUUCAUUUCUUGUAAUAAGCCCUCUAUUUUGUUUCUUUCUGAGACUAAGAAAAGUAGUAAUGCAAUGGAGUGGAUUCGUGUUUGUUUGGGUUAUGAUUCUUGUCUUGCUGUAAAUUGUAGAGGAUCGGAUUUAGCCACUGCGUGGAGAUUUAUUGGUUUUUAUGGUAGACCAGAAACUCAUCGUCGGAAUGAAUCUUGGCAGCUCAUUCGAACCCUUAAAGCAGUUUCCAAUUUACCAUGGCUGUUAUCUGGUGAUUUUAAUGAAAUUUUGAGAAGUGAUGAAAAAAUUGGAGGAUUGUCUCGUCUUUUUCAUCAGAUGGAUGUUUUUCGCUUAGUAAUUGAAGAGUAUAAUCUUCAAAGUCUUCCGGUACAGGGUCCUUUGUCAACUUGGCUUAAGCGAAUUAAUGGGGAGAUUGUUUUUGAGAGGCUCGACCGGACUUUUGUUGAUGAUCGAUGGUGGAAUCGGUUUGGUCUAUCUCUUAAAAGGCAUUUAAUCACAACAGUUUCGGAUCAUCUUCCAUUACUCAUUUUAGUCAAGGAUCAACCUGUCUCUCUAGAUAUAGGACAACGAUUAUUCAAGGCUUUAGGUCAGUGGAAUAAAUUGGUGUUUGGCAACGUAAGAUAUAAGUUGGAAGCGAAAAGAAGAGAGUUUGAGACUGUUUAUGGUGGGUUGGCAGGCAAUGAUAUAGACUCUUUUGAUGAGUGCAAAAGGGAGCUGGAUGACUUCAUUGCUCAGGAGGAAGUUAUGUGGCGACAACGGUCAAAAGCUCUCUGGUUGAAGGAGGGAGAUUGUAAUACCAAGUACUUUCAUUCUGUGGCAAUGAAUCGGAGAAGAAAGAAUACGAUCUUGGGCAUUGAGGAUGAGUCGGGGAUAUGGAAAACAGAUACUGGCGAGGUUGAACGGAUCGUGUGUGCUUACUAUCAGAAUUUGUUUACAUCAAGUGACCCGUCGGAGCAUUUGAUAGAUUCGGUUUUGGCAAAUCUUCCAAAUCGUAUUGAUGAUGAUAUGAGGUUUCAGCUUGACAAACCAUAUUCCGCUGAGGAGAUUAAAGAGGCUAUUGUGUCAAAGGCCAUUGCUAAUCGGAUGAAGCUUGUUCUUCCAUCCAUUAUUAGUGAUUGUCAGAGUGCUUUUGUUCCAGGGAGGAUGAUUUAUGAUAACGCUAUAAUUGCUUUUGAGACUAUUCAUUUUUUACGAGGCAAAAGGACUGGUAAGAGAGGACAUAUGGCCCUUAAAUUGGACCUAAGUAAAGCUUAUGAUAGGGUCGAGUGGAGUUUUAUUGAGAAGUAUGAUAGCAUCGUGUUCUUAAGGGCGUCGUUAGAAGAGUGUGAGGCGAUUCUGGGACUUUUACAUGAAUUUGAACAAGUGUCGGGGCAACAAGUAAAUAUCGACAAAUCUGCUAUUUUAUUCAGCUCGAACACUACUGAGGAUGUAAGAAGAUUGGUGAUGUGGAAAUUAGGAGUGCAGCGUGUUCUUGAACAAGACAAAUAUCUUGGCCUUCCCAUCAUGAUCGGCAAAAAUAGGAAGCGGGAGCUACAAUUUAUUAAGGAACGACUGGCUAAACGAGUGUCUUUGUGGCAAAAUAAAUUAUUCUCGAUUGCAGGGAAAGCAGUCAUGAUCCAGUCAGUGGGACAAUCGAUACUUGUGUAUCCGAUGAGUGUGUUUUGUUUUCCGAAAGGUUUUAUCCAUGAGCUGAAUAUGAUUUUAGCAAAAUUUUGGUGGGGUGAUUCUGUGGAGAAACGGAAAAUACAUUGGAAGGCAUGGGAAGAGUUAUGUGUCUCAAAAUUGGAUGGCAGGUUAGGUUUUCGGGAUUUUGAAGCUUUUAACCUGGCGCUUUUGGCCAAGCAAUGCUGGAGAAUAUAUCAUAAUCCUGAUUCGCUUUGUUCUCGCAUAUUAAAGGCCAAGUACUUCCCGAGAUCGAAUUUCUUUGAUGCUGCGUUGGGCAAUAACCCAUCGUUUGUUUGGAGGAGUCUUUUGGAAGGUCGAAAGGUGAUUGAAGAAGGUUCACGUUGGCGAAUUGGUCAAGGAGAUUUUAGCUUUUGGCAUACGAAAUGGCUAGCAGAGUCUCCAUGUUCAAGACCGAGACCAAAGGAAGGAAUAGUCCUAUCUAAUGAAAAGGUGAAGGAUAUGAUCAAUGUUGAAGAGAAACAAUGGAAUGUGGACAAGCUGCUUGAGUUGGUGUUAGAUGAAGAUGUUAGCCGGAUAAUGUGCAUACCAAUCCCACGGGUAUCGAGACCUGAUCAUACUCUGAUAUGGGAUGGGUCUUUGUUGGGAGAAUUUACUAUUAAAUCCGCCUAUUUUGUAGCUCGGAAAAUUUUGGGUUGGGUGGAUAAUGUUGAUGAACAACAAAGACUGUCUUGGCGUCGGGUCUGGGGAGUUAAUACUCUUCCAAAGGUGCGCAAGCAAGUGUGGGAGCUGUCGGCACCAUGGAUUCUACUUUGUGUCGAGGAAUGGAGGAAUGAGGAUGAUUUCUGGCUGCGAUUAAUUGAUAAAGCUUCGCGAUUGGGUUUGUCAGCUGCGAGACCGCUUGACACUAUGGCUAGAGUUGGUAAACGAUGGCAACCACCACCUAUUGGUAGGUUGAAGAUCAACGUGGAUGCUUCUUUUUGUUCCUCAACACUGGAAGCAGGUCUGGGUCCAUAUUUCAUAUCUUUGAUUGCUAUGCAUGAUGAUGUUUGCAAUGAUUAUGUGAAAUGGCAUGCUAGAUUGGGCCACAAAGGUCGCGAGCAUCUAUUCGAGCUAUUCGAGGAGCUCUGUGAUGAAAAGGGAAUUUUGCGACAACUAACGAUUCCAGGGACUCCGCAACAAAAUGGUGUUGUAGAAAGGAGGAAUCGUACCCUCUUGGACAUGUUAAGUGUAUCAUUCAAGUCAGUGCUUUCCACUCCACAUGAACUCUUGACCGGCGAAAAACCUGAUUUAGAAUGGACUAAUGCAAUGAAUGAUGAAAUGGAGUCAAUGAAAACUAACCAUGUCUGGGACUUGGUUGACCUACCACCUGGGCGGAAGACUAUUGGGAACAAAUGGGUUCUCAAAGUUAAACGCAAGGCGGAUGGUUCCAUUGAAAGAUAUAAGGCUCGCCUAGUAGCGAAAGGGCACACACAACAAGAAGGUGUGGACUAUGAGGAAACCUUCUCACCGGUUGUGAGGUUUGCCUCAAUUCGCUUGAUUCUAGCCAUAGUUGCGAACUUUGACUUGGAACUUUACCAGAUGGAUGUCAAAACUGCAUUUCUCAAUGGAGAGCUAGAUGAGGAGAUCUACAUGGAUCAACCAGAAGCCUUUGUGGCAAAAUGUCAAGAGCGCAAAAUCUGCAAGCUCAAACGAUCUAUUUAUGGCCUAAAGCAAUCAUCUAGGCAGUGGUAUCUUAGAUUUCAUCAAGCUAUUAUUCAGAAUGGCUUUGAGAUGAUUGAAGAGGACCAUUGCGUGUAUGUUAAGAGAUCCAAGGGUAGUUUCGUCAUUUUGUCAUUAUACGUUGAUGACAUACUAUUGGCUGGAAAUGAUAUGGAGAUGAUUGUUACCACUAAGAAGUGGUUGUCCUCAAACUUUGAGAUGAAGGACAUGGGUGAAGCAAAUUAUGUGCUCGGAGUUAAGAUCCUAAGGGAUCGUUCAAAGAGGCUUCUUGGUUUGUCUCAAGAGACAUACAUAAAGAAGAUCCUUGAACGAUUUCAGAUGCAAAAUUGCAAACCCAUAGACACUCCUAUCGCAAAAGGUGAGACUUUAAGUCUUCAACUAACUCCAAAGACAUCCGAUGAACAAAAACAGAUGGCUCGUGUUCCAUAUUCUAGUGCUGUUGGCAGUCUUAUUUCAAACUUGAACCUAAUCGGUUAUACUGAUGCUGAUUGGGGUGGUGACUUAGAUGAGCGCAAAUCAACUUCGGGAUACGCAUUCUUACUCAAUGGUGGUGCUAUUACUUGGAGCAGCAAGAAACAGUCUUGCAAUGCUUUAUCCACUAUGGAGGCAGAAUUCAUAGCGUGCUCUGCAGUUGUGCAAGAAGCUGUUUGGCUAAAGCGAUUUCUUGGGAGUUUGGGAGUACCCAGCGCCGUAGAUCCAGUGACCAUUCAUUGUGAUAGUAUGGCUGCAAUCGCUUAUACCAAGGAUCCAAAGUAUCAUGGUAGAACCAAACAUAUUGAUAUGAGGAACAACUACAUUAGGGAUUUGAUAGCACAAAAGGAAGUGAUCUUAGAACAUAUAUCCACUAGUCAUAUGGUUGCUGAUCCCUUAACUAAGCCUAUUCCUAGAGAUGCUUAUGUGACUCAUGAGGUGGAAGAAUGGAUCCCUGCUUCUUCACCAUGUGAGUCCUAUGAAGGUUUAGAUAAACCUUACAUUGUGCCCUUAGUGACCUUUGACUAUGUCAUAAGGCGUGGAAUGGAUGUUUGCUACUUUGGUAUGUUACCUAAGACCAUGGAUGAUUCGGUUCUACGGGACAUUACUGGGAAAGCAGUCUGUUUCAAACCAAGUGACAUGAGGGCAAGAGGGAAGACAAUUUGA